AAGUAAGAAAAUUUACACAUCAUGAAAAGUGUAAAAUCAGUUAUAUUGGUCCCAAGACGCAUUUUCAUGGUAAAUUACGUGAAUGGAUUUGUAAAACAAUAUACAACAGCUCCUUCUACAGUUGCUAGAGAAAAUGGCCAUCAGAAAACAGGUCACAAUGAAUCUACUCUGACCAGCACAGAAAAUGAAGCUGACAGUCCAAUUUCUGCUUACAAAAAGCGAAUUGCCUUGGGACAGUUACAGCAAGAUGAUUAUCAGAUGUCGGUAGUAGAGAGGCUGCAAAGUCUAUAUGAUAAACUUGAUAACUAUGAACCUCCAUCAACCACUGUCAACUGGCUAGCAAAGACUUUUGGAUUUAGCAGCAAGAAUGAGACAGACAAACCAAAGGGGCUAUAUCUUCAUGGGCAUGUGGGUACUGGGAAGACAAUGUUAAUGGAUAUGUUUUAUCAACAUUGUAAAGUGAAAAGAAGACAGCGAGUUCACUUCCAUAAAUUUAUGCUGGAUGUACAUAAACGAGUACAUACACUGAAGCAGUCUGUGCCAAGACAGUAUAAUGUAAGGAAAACUCAGUCUUUUGAUCCAAUUCCACCAGUUGCCAAAGAGAUCAGUCUUGAGGCAUGGCUACUCUGUUUUGAUGAGUUUCAGGUUACAGAUAUAGCAGAUGCUGUGAUACUGAAGAAGCUUUUUACAGAAUUGUUUAAAUGUGGAGUGGUGGUUGUGGCCACUUCUAAUCGAGCACCUGAUGAUUUAUACAAGAAUGGUCUUCAAAGAGGCAAUUUUGUCCCUUUUAUUGGGGAAUUAAAGAAACACUGUGAGGUAGUGAGUCUAAACUCCGGGGUGGAUUAUAGAAUGAACACACUCCCUGCUGAAGGCAGAAUCUAUUUUCUGACAGGGGAUGGCAAGUGUGAAGAGAAAAUAGACGAAGUCUUCCAAGCUCUCAUCGCAGAACAAGAGGAGCAAGUAAUUGAAUCUCGAGUACUGGACAUCUUAGGAAGAAUGCUAAUUUUACCAGAAACUUGUGGAACGAUAUUAAAGACAGAUUUUGAUUCCAUGUGCAAACAGGCACGUGGAGCUAUUGAUUAUUUGGAAAUUAGCAAGGAGUUUGAUACUGUCAUUCUGGAAAAUAUCCCCAAAAUGACACUGUUUAAUAAAACGGAGGCAAGAAGAUUUAUAACUCUGGUGGAUACUUUUUAUGACAAUAAGGUGCGUUUAGUUUGCUCAGCAGCUGCAAAACCUAAAGAAUUAUUUAGUGCUGGAAACCUGAGUCAGAAAAACUUUGAUGACAACCGAAAUCUUAUGGAUGAUUUAGGAAUUCAAGAGAAAUCAGACUUGGCCACGGCCAGUAUAUUCACAGGAGAGGAGGAGUUAUUUGCCUUUGAGCGGACUGUGUCCAGGUUAACAGAAAUGCAAACAGAAGAAUACUGGAAUUUGAGAAACUCCAAAAUAAGUUGAUGAAGUGUUAUCUUAGGAAAAAUUACAAUUUUUUAUCUAGUUUACAGGAAGUAAAACUGUACUCCAAGACUGUGAUUAUUUUAAUGAUGUUGAUUUUCAAUGAUGUUGUAUUUUUAGUAGCACAGUACACUAAUAUAAUCAAUUAUAUCAGGGAUUGAAAUUUAUAUGCAUGAUUUACAAAAAAAGUGAUAAGAAAAUUUUUUUGUUGAGCAUAUCAAAUUGGCAAAAACAUUUCACAUUUUGUUUGUCUUUUCAUUAUAUAUAUUUAAAUUUAAA